CAUUUCUGAAUGAAAACUUUCGAAAGUUAAAGUAUAACUACUUAUAGUAACUAGGGAUAUUUACUGAAGGGGCUUUCAUACAAAAGGAUUUUGUUUUUAAAAAGUAAAAUAUUUGGGUGGUUUUGUACUCACCCUCGCGCGACGUCGCUUCGAUGCGCGCGCCGACGUUUCUGUCUCGGCAUUCAAUACGCAAGUCCGCGUUUCAUUGCAGCCGAGAGAAGUUUUCAAAGGGCAGUUCAAGAUCACUAACAUCGCAGACUUUACCAUUUUAUUGUAUUUUCAAAAAAAGUAUUCAUAAUCAUCGUGUAAAUAUGGUUUUUCCUACAAUCUACGAUGGCAAAACUGAGACGGGGUCCGCAAACAAGCCUGCAAUGCAGCUAGCAGCCGCCGACGCGGGGUCACACCUGCAACACAUGUGCUCACUGGACAUUGAAUCAAAGGCCUCCUAUGUCCGUCUUUCUGGCAUUAUCUGUACUAUUGGGCCCGCCUCCCGCGAUGUAGGCAUGCUGGAGAAGAUGAUGGAGACUGGCAUGAACGUAGCGCGCAUGAACUUCUCGCACGGCUCGCACGAAUACCAUGCGGAGACCAUCAAGAACUGUCGAGAGGCGGAGAAGAACUACAGUUCGAAACUUGGCAUUCCAUUCUCGCUGGCCAUCGCAUUGGACACCAAGGGACCAGAGAUUAGAACUGGUCUUUUAGAGGGCGGUGGCUCAGCAGAGGUUGAACUCAAGAAGGGGGAGACAAUCAAGUUAACUACUGACCUGGCAUACGCCGAGAAGGGAAACGUUAACGUCGUGUUUGUGGACUACAAGAACAUCACCAACGUGGUGAAGCCUGGCAACCGCAUUUUCAUUGACGACGGCCUUAUCUCCAUCAUCUGCCAGUCUGUCACUUCUGACGGGCUGGUCUGCUCCAUCGAGAAUGGAGGUAUGCUGGGUUCAAGAAAGGGUGUGAAUUUGCCUGGACUGCCCGUGGAUCUGCCUGCCGUUUCCGAAAAAGACAAGUCUGACUUACUUUUUGGUGUCGAACAAGGCGUGGAUAUGAUCUUUGCCUCGUUCAUUCGUAACGGCGCAGCACUAACAGAGAUCCGCGGCAUUCUCGGAGACAAGGGCAAGAACAUCAAGAUCAUCUCCAAAAUUGAAAACCACCAGGGCAUGGUCAACCUCGAUGAAAUUAUUGCGGCAUCUGACGGAAUCAUGGUCGCUCGCGGUGAUUUGGGCAUUGAGAUCCCACCAGAGAAAGUGUUCCUCGCCCAGAAGACAAUGAUUGCUCGGUGCAACAGGGUUGGCAAGCCAGUAAUUUGCGCCACACAAAUGUUGGAGUCAAUGGUGAAGAAACCGCGCCCAACCCGUGCCGAGACAUCGGACGUUGCCAACGCAAUCCUGGACGGAGCAGACUGCGUCAUGUUAUCUGGUGAAACUGCCAAGGGAGACUAUCCGUUGGAGUGUGUUUUGACUAUGGCUAACAUUUGCAAGGAGGCCGAGGCAGCUAUCUGGCAUAAGCAGCUCUUCUUUGACCUCAGUUCUCAGGAAAAGCUUCCAAUUGAGUCGGCGCAUUCGGUUGCCAUCGCGUCCGUAGAAGCGUCCAGCAAGUGUAUGGCGUCUGCCAUAGUAGUUAUCACAACCAGCGGCCGCUCCGCGCACCUACUCAGCAAGUACCGACCGCGCUGUCCCAUCAUCGCUGUCACCCGCCAGCCGCAGACCGCGCGACAGGCGCACCUCUACCGUGGCGUGUUGCCAAUCGUGUACCAGGAGUCGGUAGCCAGCGACUGGCUAAAGGAUGUGGACAACCGCGUGCAGUAUGGACUGAAGUUCGGGCGUGCGCGUGGCUUCAUCAAUACGGGUGACAACGUCGUCGUCGUCACUGGCUGGAGGCAGGGCUCUGGCUUCACCAACACCAUGCGCGUUAUCCAAGUCGAAUAAGAUAAGCAAAAAUGAAGAACAAGAUCAUUUCACGGAAGUAUUAGUGCAAAGAGCAGUGGUGAAAAUGUUAGGAGAUUAUAAUAACACCUAGUCACUGCCAGUGAUAUAUUUUAUAUUGUAUAAAUGUGUAUCAGCUGUUAAGAUAUCUCAAAAUUCUACAUUUAGUACCUAGGAUAUUAUUGUUCUAUUUAUUUAUGCAUAUUGUUUAGAGUACGAUGACGUGUAAUUUUACAUUUACACUAUUAAUAUGUGAUUUGAUUAAAAUCUCAAAAUUAAAGUUCA